GUUGGUUUGGCGUUUUUAACAAUGUUUUUAAGUCGUGCUGAAAUUUUAAAACAAGGAGGUGGUGCCAUGCAAGGAUUGCCACCACCAGAAGAACUAGAGAUGAUACAAUGGCAAGAAUUAUAUAAUCGAUUAUUAAGUAUCCUGCAAACUUAUUUUAUAUCACUAUACCCACCAUUCAUGAUUGGAAUUGAUGAUAUGUAUGUGUGGCAGUUUCUUGCUGCAAUGGCUGUUGGUGCAUCCACGGAACAACAACAUAUUCUGGUUACUGAAGUGAGGGAAAGAGUACUUGAAACCGUUAUACAAGCUUCAAGGUUACCAACAGACAAAGCAUCUCAUAAAAUUGCCAAUGUGAACUUAUUCUUGAAUGCAUUGGGGCUUGACGCGUCACAACUUAAAAACUUUGAAGAAGAAUACAGUCUUCAUACUAAUCCUCAUGAUAUAGGGAAUGGAGAAGAACUACCUGAAGAUCCCAUUCAAGAUCAUCGGCCACGAUUAUUAAUAAUGGGCCAGAGGAGAAGUGGAAAAUCUAGCAUCCAAAAAGUUGUAUUUCAUAAAAUGCCAGCAAACGAAACAUUAUUUCUUGAAGCAACUAACAAAAUAGUCAAAGAAGAUAUCAC